GGUAUGAAACAAGUUCCGGUUCGUUCGCAUGAAAACAUAAACAUCUGUUUGUAGGUUAUUUUGUUUUAUAAUAAAUGCCAAUCAAAUCCUAGAAAUAUCAAUUAAAAUGAGUAAUCUCAUAAACUUUGCCCUAAGAAAGGGUGCUAGUUUUUUGACACGACACAGCCUGCCAUGUUUUCGACUAACAGUUCCGUAUGUGGUAAACAAAACGCCGGUUUCUGGCGCAAUUAAAAACUAUUCGACUCGAGCUGCGCCGUUUGAUGUGAGCACAAGCGUACCAAAGGACUUAAUCCUGUUUAAAUAUGAGAAUCCAAAGUUCUACAAGAUGCUGAACUUUUUCGGAAUCUGCCAAUUUGUGUUCUGGACCUAUCUUUCCCAUUUUGCGUUUACAACGCUGAAGGAUGCGCCAGUGGUGGAAAAGCCAGAAGAGGAGCUGAAGUGGUUUCAGCGCAUAAAUCUUGGCGACAACAAGUACAGGAACGGCAUCACUGCUUGCUGCUUUUUGAUUGGAUACGGAAUUCUGUUUGCGGUUUGGAUGUUCACACUUCGUUCCGUGCGCUUUCUCAUCCUGCGCAAGGGCGGUCAGAGUAUCUCCUUUGUUACCUAUGGACCCUUUAACAGGAACCGUAUCAUGACUGUCCCACUUAAAUGCAUCUCAGCGCAAGAGUCCCGUGAAAUGGCCAGGGUACAACUGCCAAUCAAGGUGAAGGACAGGACACUUUACUACGUGCUCGAUAUGCGUGGAGAAUUUCGUAAUCCCCAACUGUUUGACUACACGGCGGGGUUAAAGCGACGUAUUUAAAAGCGAUUUGUUUAGUUCAUUGAAAAUUUUUAAACUUAUUAUUUGUAAAUACACAUGUACCCUAAUCCAAAUUCAA